CUGAGCGGCAACGGGUGGCGGUGUGACGUGCUGGAGCGGGUGUUGUGGAUGAAGAACUGGAUGACACACUCGUCCGUCCACUUCUACAGGUCACACAGCAUCAGGUGCGCCGUUCCCACCACUCUCGGCUACAAAUACGUCAUGCUUCUUGAGGACAGCGACUUCCCGACCACAACUACCAUCGCCUCCCACCUCCUUACCACCACGAUCCCCCCUACGACAACCACCACUACCACCACCACUACCACUAGCAUCUCUGCGACUCUGGACAUCAUCACGGACACACACAACAGCAGUGAGGAGAGUAACGCUACGAUGAGGAUGACGGAAGAGAGUAUUUUUAUAAUGGAUGAUGAGGAUGAAGCAGCCGUGACCAGCGCCCCACGUCACGAACCCCCGCCAGUCAACGCCUCAGUGAGUUACGUGGACGUGGAGACAGCGGCCACGACAGACAUCCACCCACAGACAACACCAGAGGGACACAGCACCACCCCGACGGCUGUAGCAUCCUCCCAAAGGGCACCCGCGCCUUCUCCACGCCAACCCACGCCUACAACGACUCCCACGAACGCCCCCACGCCCACCACGCUGCCAUGCUGGAUCAUACACAACAGCAUGCCGCCCUUUGACCACCAUGCCACCGUGCACCCCCCAGCGGCCCCAAGGAGCAGCGCAAAGCCUCGCCUGGGGGUGGCACUGCACGGUGAGACGGUCCGGGAGAAGGCGACGCUCAAGGCACACAAGCCACCCAGAAAAAUUCGUAAUAAAGACACAGAGAAGAAGCGCCACCCAUCAAGACCCUCCGCGCGGCCCUCCAGCAUCCUGGAGCACACCAAGGACCUCUGGGUGUUCCGCGGCGCUGACAACCACGGCCUGAGUCCCGGCUAGCCGCUGCCUCUCGGUCGUCUCAGCCGCGGCCACGUCAACGACUGGGCGGUGGUGGGCGCGGGCGUGGUGGCCUCUUCAGUGGGCGUGGCCUUGCUGGUGUGUGGGUUUCUCCUUGCCCGAGGGCGUAGCAAAGCCGGGCCCAUGUGGGAGGCGUCCUCGUACUAGCGUGAGGGAGCGGAAGAGGACGUGGUGAUGGCGGUGGGCGGCAGCAGCGAGGAGGACGAGGGGACGCUCACGGAGUCCGAGAGGACCGUGGGCGUGGUGACGGAGACCCACCGCGGCCUCAGCAACCGCCUCUACCUCCUGCUGCAGAGGGACACGGCCACCGGUAUCACCCCAGACACGCUGCCAGACCCCCGCUCACCCUCCCCGGCUGACCCCACCACGUCCCCCGCCUGGCACUGACCCCCCGGCCCGCCCCUCGCCGCCCCG